AUGUCGCAAAGAAAAAUGGUGGAUGAACCCGUGAGAGAAGAGGACGAAACGAAGAUGACGUUCCGGGCCGUUAUGGACGAAAAAUAUUACACCGAAACGCCCACGACGAAAAUUUACGCGGCGGAAUUAAAUUCGCCGAAAUUCAUAUCGAAAAUCGUUAAAUCUUUGAACGACUUGUUGCCCAUACCGAAAUUACAACAUUUGAAAAGAGUCAAAAGAAUCGGAGAUAAAUUUCACGUUAUUUUGAAUUUCAUACCGGAAAAAGGUGUGGAAGGAGAGGAGGAGGAUGGGGAUGGGGAUGGGGAAGAACGUUCGAGUAAAAAAAUGAAAUUGAACGAUGAUUGUAUCAUUUUGGAUGAUUUGAAAAAAAAGGGAUUCGAUUAUGAGAAAUUAGGGAUCGUCGGAGUUGGAAUUCAUUCCGUUCCGAUACGCGGACCCAAAACGAGGCAACAAUUCGAGAAGGCCAUGGAAUAUUGGCCGGUUAAUUUUCAUCCGGAGAAGAAAAUCGAAACGAUGUUGAGCGAGAGAAUAUUCGAUGAAUCCGAACGCGAAUAUCAUUUGGAUAACAUGAAACGAGUUUUGAAAAUGUCGGAGAACGAGAAUGGGAAAAACGUCGCCAUGAUUGUGGAUUUCAAAGAGAGACGAAUCAUCGCUUGGGGAUGCGAUAGGGUGGAAGUGCAUCCUUUACAACACGCCGUAAUGGUGGCGAUUGAUGUCGUCGCGAGAACGAAUAAUGGAGGCGCCUGGGAUCUUCCCUACGAUGAAUUAACUUUCGAUAUGAAAAACGCAACGUUGAAUCAUGAAUCAUCGUCAAUGGACAAGGUGAAGUUGAAAGCGGGGGAGGUUGAUGAUGAUGAUGAUGAUGAGGCCCCUUAUUUGUGCACCGGUUACGAUUUGUACGUGGCAAAAGAACCUUGCGUAAUGUGUGCCAUGUCUCUCGUACACAGUCGAAUCAAAAGAGUUUUCUUCCACGUUAGAAAUCCCGAAAGGGGAGCUUUGGCCUCCGCGUGCCACGUUCACACCAUCAAAGAUUUAAAUCAUCAUUACGAAGUUUUCGAGUUCGUCAAAGCAAAAGAAUGA